UGUUUAAAUGUCUCGAUGGAGUAGCCUUGAUAAUUCUGACCAUGCCGACUUCUUCAAACAUGUUUCGCUUGACAUGUGAAUGCGGCAUUGGAUAUUUUUUGUUUGACUUGUUAGGGUAGUGGUCUUUAUUUAUUAUCAAAUUCUUUAGCGAUCACGAAUAAGAUUAUGUGUGGAAAAGUAGUUACACACUUAAAAGAAACAACUCUUAAAUGAUUUGGGUGCUCUUUGUUGGCUUCGUAUGUAGAACACUAAUCGGGAUAUAGCAUUCAAAAAGAUUCUAACUGUGAGAGUUGUUAAACAUUAAUGAGUUUGAUGAGUGAUCACUGGUAUCCCCAUGAAUAACACAUGAACAUGCAGGUGUUUAUGGUUUAUCGUAUUUGAGAAAAGAAAAAAAAAAAUCAAGAAAGUGAGGACGAAAUUCAUUCACUCCAUCUCAUUCCGAGAUUAUGGCUUCCAGGUUGCUGAUAAAACUUUUGGCUCUGCUUUAUUCUUUCUCUGAAACGGAAGGAUGCAAAUCUGUCAUCUGGCUACCCGAAGUCAACGGUAGCUCACUGCUAAACCACGUGAUCCUGAACAUUACAAACAAGCAGAGCCCUGAUGCAUGUCAAGUCGAGUGCUUUAUGAAUGACAACUGUCGAUCAUAUAACUAUGACCGGAAGUUGCAGCUUUGCCAGCUCAGUAACUCAGAUCACAUGGAACACCCGGACGACCUGCUUCCGAGGGAGGGGCUCGCCUAUCAGGGAUUUGAGGAAAGGCGCUUAUUUGGGGAGUUAUAUGAGAGGGACCCACAAUCCUCAACAAAAAAUGCAUGCAGAUCUUCACCAUGCCCUUUAGGUGGAAUAUGUCAAGUAGAUUUCGCCAACAACUCGUACACAUGCGUGCGUCCCUUAAUCAGGAAGAGUAAAAUAAUAUGUGAGAAUGAAAAUGCACAGUUGUCCUGCUUGGAAGGAUUUGUAAUCGACGUAGAAUGGGCGCUCUACGGCAGAUCAUCUGUAAGCCAGCCUUGUCCUCACGACAAGGCUGAAACCAUCUGCAUCAAGAAAGACACUGUCCAUGAGACACUCCGGAGAAUCCGUGAUCUCUGCCAAGGGAAUAACUCUUGCAGCUUUGUCGCUAACACAAACACAGUGCUCGGUAACGACCCUUGUCCUGGUAUCUACAAGUUUCUUGAGCUGCGCUAUGUGUGCAAGUAGAGACAGUGAUAUCUACAAGUACCUUGAAAUACGCUAUGUGUACAAGUAGAGACAUGGUAUCUACAAGUUUCUUGAACUGCGCUAUGUGUGCAAGAUGAUAUCUACAAGUACCUUGAGCUACGCUCUAUGUGUACAAGUAGAGACAUGAUAUCUACAAGAACCUUGAAAUACGCUAUGUGUGCAAGAUGAUAUCUACAAGUAUCUUGAACUGCGCUAUGUGUGCAAGAUGAUAUCUACAAGUACCUUGAGCUACGCUAUGUGUGCAAGUAUAGACAUGAUAUCUACAAGUACCUUGAGCUAUGCUAUGUGUGCAAGAUGAUAUCUACAAGUAUCUUGAACUGCGCUAUGUGGGCAAGAUGAUAAUGUACAAGUACUUUUAGCUACGCUGUUUCGAAGCAGGGCUCAGUACGUCUUUAAAAUCUUCAAUUGAUUAAUCAGUGUAGAGAAAAGUGCUAGAAAGUUAUAAAAAAAACUACCACCAAGCGUGUUUGUUAUACUAACAGUGCUUAGCUUGCUUUCGUGGCCUCCUUGUGGAUAUUAUAUUUUGAAGUAUACCUUCUCAAACUUUUGUAUUAGUGGCCACAGGGCGCAAAUCAGACUAAUUACACACCUUUUUCACAAUAUUAUAAUUCAUGUGUUAUGUUACCGUCACAGCGGGGCUGCUUGUUAAUGAAACGCUAGUGCAAUACUUUCCAUAACAUACUGGAACAUUAUUAAAAGACAACACCUA